GCAAGAGAGGCGAGAGUUCCCUCUGAGAAGGACAAGGGAUGGAAACUCACUGCCCAUCAAGCAGCCAACAAGCCCUUUGCAAAGAUGUGGAGGAGGGCAAGGAGCAGAACAAGCGAAGGCUCUGUGGAUACCAGCUCGGCGCCUUAGCCCUCGGGCUGCUCUUCCUGUCCCUGGGCAUCUCUGUCUUCUGCCUCAAGAACAUGUGGAGCCCAAGCCCUGGCAAGGUCUAUGACCAUCAGUACAAAGUGCUGCUGGACGGCGCGGAGACGGACGGCGUGAUGCACAUCGACUCGGCCCGUCGCAUCGAGAUCUUCAAGACGGGCAACGGCAGCGAUGAGGUCCUCGAGGUCCACGACUUUAAAAAUGGAUUGACAGGAAUCCGAUUUGGGAGCCACCAGAAAUGCUACAUCAGGACUCAGACCAAGGACCUGCCCACAGUAGUAGCAGAGCUGGAGGCUGACAGCGCCAAGACCACGGUGGAUGAGGGCGUGGAUGUGCACAUGGAGGACUUGAAGGUGUGGAUUCCUGCCGAAGAGCCCGUUGUCGACCGCGCCUUCCUCAUAGACUCGAAAAUCUGGGAGAUCUGCAGGCAGCUGCCCAUUCAUUGGAUCCACCCUUUGUCUGCAACCGCAGAGGAGAAAUUCAACGACGUUGAGGGGGCAGAAGAGUCACAAAGUGCAGAAGUCAGAGGUCACCGUGAAGCGAGAGACGUUCUGGACCAUCAGGCUGUCAACGAUUAUCGCGAGGUCGGGAUCGAGCUCGACAACCGGCUGGACGACAGGGGAUACUGCUGCCAGCACUGUCGCCGCGGCUACCGCUACUGCCAGCGCUACCACGAGCCCCUGGGCGGCUACUGGCCGUACCCGUACUACUACCAGGGAGGCCGCGUCAUCUGCCAGAUCGUCAUGCCCUGCAACUGGUGGAUCGCGCGCAUGCUGGGCAGGGUGUGAGAUGACCGCUCCCCUCUCCCCGGCUCCAUCACGGUGCUCUCACAGCACUGGAAGUGCUUCGCCAGCAGCUGGGGCUCACGGUGCUUUUGCGUGUUUCUCCAAGGUCCCCUGGCUGCUGCUCAGAUGGGCCCAGAGCUCCGAAAACCUUUAUGGGAUAUACAGCAUUUUAAAAAACUGUCAUAAAAAAUGUAUUGUAUACAUUGAAAUCGUCAUUUACUUUUCCUAAUCAGAUUUCUGUGUAGCUUAUUUUUAGAUUUUAUACAGCUAAGUAUACAUUAGGUAAUUUUU